CGGUCGCGUUUAUAAAGUGGGUAAUGUUUUAGAUUGAUAGAAGUCAGAGGCUUUUUUCAGCUAAACAUGAUCCUUCAUAUAAUAUGUGGACUUUUGAUGUUCCAAGUUGUCUGGUGUGGGGAGUGCACACGGAAUAGUUUAAACUGGUACAAAUGUAACUGCCAGUUCGGAGACUGGUCGGCUUUUAGUCCAUGUACAAAGCAGUGCAACGGAUACACAUACCGCACACGUUCUAUGUGGCUCUAUGAAAACUAUGCUCCCUGUCCUUUCGAGUUUACCACAUGUGCCACUGAAGAAUGUGGCUAUGAAGUGUACUAUUGUAAUACUGACAAAUGUCAAAAUGGAGGCACAUCUGAUAACAAAAAUUGUUUCUGUCCGACAGGAUACUAUGGCAGUUGUUGUGAACAAGUACCUCCUGGAAAACCAGUCAUCACUGUACCAGAUACAAUAGUUUUGGGAAACGCUGUAACUUUAACAUGUACCUCAAAGGGAGGUAAUCCUGAACCAACAGUCAAAUGGUUCAAAGAUGACAAAGAAAUUACUACUGGUGUUUCAUCUAAGACUGUUUCACCCAGUACAGACAGAUACACUGUAACAUCGACCUUGAACUUUGUUGCUAGCCUAGAACAUCAUUUGAAGGUCAUCACAUGUCAGGCAGAUAAUGGUUUGACUAGUCCACUGAGUACCACAGAACAGUUGAAGGUCAACUUCGCACCGGAGGCCCCAACUUUAGAUGGACCAACUGUCGUAACAUCGGGAAUAUCUAGGGUAUGGACCUGUCACUCAGCCAAUGGCUACCCAGCAGGUGUAAUGACCAUGAGAAAUCAGAAUACCAAUACACAAUUUGGUACAGACAAGUUUACAACCAGCACUGUUGACAAUGAAGGUGGGAAGUCUUAUACUGUUACUGGAAGGUUGAACUGGGCACCAGUAGAAGCCAACAAUGGACAUUCCAUUUGCUGUGAUGUGCUCCAUACAACCACUCUAGGCAAUGCACCAAAGACUAAAUGUUUACAAAUAUCAGUGAAGCCUCCUCUUGUACUGAAAGCUCCUACAAUCCAGUACAAAGUUCAUUUAAAUGCAAAAGUUACUCUCUCAUGUGAAGUGACCUCAGGAAAACCCUCUCAGAUCACCUGGUUAAAAGACGGCAGUAAAUUAGAUAUAGAUAGUAAUCCAAGGUUGUCUGGCGGCACUGUGGCGGCUCCGUCUCUUGUUAUUAUUGAUGUGGAACUAGCUGAUGAAGCUGGGUAUGUCUGUCAGGGAACUGAUUCAACAGACAAGGUUACUAUAGAAACGACAGAAAGUAUUAAAGUUGCUUUAAUUUGUAUUGAGCCUGCUGCUGUACAGAAUGCAGAACUAACAGUUUCUGGUUUUGACCCCAGUAACACAGCCACCUAUAGAUGUAAUGAUUGCUAUGUAAAAACAAGUGGUGAUCUGCUAUUGAGUUGUAUGCGUGGUGGAAUAUGGUCAGGUGUUGUUCCUGUUUGUACAGAAAUAAAUCAUUGUUUGAGUCAGCCAUGUAUUUUUGGUACAUGUACAUCAGAACUUUGUGGAUAUAAAUGUGCCUGUUUACCUGGCUAUAAAGGAAUUAACUGUGACCAGGAAGUGAGUUGUCCAGUGGUAGCCCUGCAGAAUGGAGCGAUUAUGGCUGGUGAUAAAAUGGAUACAGAGUUAACACAGGAUCAUGUGCUGUAUAACAUGGAUAUAUCCUACGGCUGUGAUGAUGGCUAUGUACUGGUUGACCAGAAAGGUGGAUUCCUUACAGAACUGGUCAGACAUUGUGGUGAGACUGGACAACUGACUGGAGAUGCACCCAUUUGUGCAGUUUAUAACCUAUGUGCCACUACUACACCUUGUGAACAUGGUACAUGCAAAGACUUGCCAGGGAAUUACCAUUGUACAUGUUCUAUAGGAUAUCAAGGACAGAACUGUGAUCAAGACAUCACCUGUGCAGAACUCACUCUUCCAAAUGGAGCUGUUAUGUACAAACCAGAUAGAAAGAUUGGAAGUGUCGCCUCCUACUCUUGUAAUCAGGGCUUUAACUUAGCUGAUGGAGAUCUGUCAUCUACCUGUAACUCUGUAGGGGAAUGGAGUGGGCCUCUACCAACAUGUAAAGGAGUAUCUUGUCCAGAUCACACUCUGGAGAAUGGUAAGGUGACCACUACUGGUUUGACCUUCGGUCAUACAGCUACCUACUCAUGUAACAGUGGAUAUAUGGUAGCUAAUGGGGAUGUUAGCAGAACAUGUGCUUCUGAUGAAUAUUGGCUUGGUAAAAUGCCUGUCUGUGCUGGUAAGUAAAACACAGUGUGUUUCUGAUGAAUAUUGGCUUGGUAAAAUGCCUGUCUGUGCUGGUAAGUAAAACACAGUGUGUUUCUGAUGAAUAUUGGCUUGGUAAAAUGCC